AUGGGAUCAUCUGUAUCAAAACCAACUAUUUCAUUCGAUGGUGGAAGAUUAUUGACAAUUAUAAUUAUUGAUUGUGAUAAUUCUUCUUAUUACGAGGGAAGUGAAAUCACUAAAGGAACAGGUCAUCAUCUGCAUGUCAGCAUUUCAUAUGGCCCAGAUAAUAAAAGUAUUGAAGCACCAUUCGUAAAGAGAGCUGUCUUUAGAAAAGGUGUAUUACAAUUCCCACUUUCAGAUGCUACCAAUACAUUCACACUCUCAUUGGAUUCCAAUAAUCUUAAUUUCGGAUCCACUUCGGUUGCCAUGAAUAAUCCAGAUCAACUCGUUGAUAUCGAUGUACAAGGAGUAUCAGAAUCACUAGUAGGAAUCACCACCAAAGUUAGAUUGAUGUAUUCGACCACAUUGAAUAAUUUACCAAUUCAACAAGUAAAAGAUAAACAUAAAACAUUGCUAUUUGAAGAGACAUUGAAUCAAUUGGAUAGCGGAGAUGUUAUACUUUACGAUGGAUACACCAAGAUGUCGCAGUUGAUCAAAAUGAAAACAUAUGCACCCUAUUCACAUUGUGGAGUUGUCAUAAAGACACUGCCACCGAGAAAGAAAGGCGAACCACUGCCAACACAACAGGAGUUGUAUGUGAUGGAAUCUGUUGGUCCUGGCGAGGGCAAAGAUCCAUUCCGUAACAAACAAACUCUGAGCGGUGUCAACCUGUUCCCUCUCAAGAAGCGAGUUCUCAACUACGAUGGUGGCGUGUGGUGUCUGAAACAACAGCAACCACUCAACCCGAUUCAACUCGAGUGUUUCACACGUGGCAUCUGGGAGUUCCACGGAAGAAGAUCGCCAUUCGACAUCAUCCAGGGUGGUGUUCUCCUUAUUGAGAAAAUGAAUCUCUGGAAUAUCGAAUCGAAUCGUGCCGUCUUUUGUUCAGAGUUGGUAACGUAUGCACUCUCGUACGCAGCGCUACUCACCGAAAAAGAAGAUCAUCCAGCAAACACAACACCUGGUGAAGUCAGUGAUUUCGAAUGUUUAGGAAGAAAACAUCCAAUUCGUUAA